UAUGAAGUCAACAAAUAGAAAGUCAAACAAACAAUACUUUUGUCCCAAAACUAUCAUACACAAAAAAAUAAUAAUAAAAAAAAAUAAAGAAAAAAAUUGUUAUUAUUUAAUUCCCCCAACCAUAUUCCUCAACUCUCCUCCAAUUAUUACAAACAAAACCCCAAAAUUAACCCAAUUUCCCAAUUCUCCCCAAUUUCCCCGAUCCCACAUCUCCGAUCAGAUUCCGAUUCUCCUCCACCAGAUCCGCCAUGAAUCCGCCGGGAUAUUCCGCCGCCGGCAGUCCCACCACCCCCAGAAAGAAGGAGAUCCAGCUACAAGGCCCCCGCCCACCGCAGCUCCGUGUCAACCAAGAAUCCCGCAAAAUCAAGAAGCCGCCGCCGCACCCUCAGCCGGUUCCCCCCGGCGGCCGGCCUCCACUCCCGCCGGGCCCCGCCCAAUGGCCUCAGCCUCUCAUCAUCUACGACAUCUCCCCCAAAGUCAUCCACGUCGCCGAGAACAACUUCAUGUCCGUCGUCCAACGCCUCACUGGGCUGUCCUCCUCUUCCGCUGCCGCCGCCACCGAUGGUGACCUCUCCCCGGCGGCAAGGCUGGCCACAAUCGAGAAAGCCAGUCCCCGAUCCGAAAGAGAAAGAGAAAUCAACGUUAGCGAUAUGAUGGAUUUGGCAGAGGUUUCAGUGGAGUUAGGGCAAAUACCCGGAAUCCUAUCACCGGCUCCGGCAACUCUGGCUCCGAUUCCAACAGGGUAUUUCUCGCCGGCGAUUGAACAUCAAAGCUUGGCGUAUUCUUUGAUUCAUGAGCUGAGUCCUCAUUGGCCAAGCCCUUCUGCUCUGUUUUCAGCUCCUUUGGUUUCCCCAAUUUCUUCACCAAAUAUCUUCAACAAUCUCUUUGACUUUUAAGCUAAGUUCUCUCUCUCUUCUUUCUCUCUCUAAAAUAUUAAUCUCCAUUGCCAAUGCCCUUCAAAGAGGAAUUUUGGUUUUUUUUUUUUUUUUAUGUAGUUAAUUGUAAUUUGUAUAACAUUUUUCCUUUUUGGCAAUUCAUUAAUUACCCUAAAAAGAAUGUAGUUUUUUUUUCCCAAUUUUUUUUCAAUUUUUUCCCCUUCUUGCUAUAAAUAAAUACCAUUUUUAACACCUCAUUGGUAUUUGUAAAUGUGGCAUUUUCAAUGUCAUAUAUCCAAUUUAUGUAUCCUAAAAAGGGAGGGGGGAAUCCAAUUUUAUGAUUUUUAUUUUUAAUUAUAUUUAGAGAGUAUUGGAGA